GGUUGCAAGGCUAGCAACAUGAAUCUUCGACAAGUCUUCAAAGUCUCUGCGCGGCCAGUGUCUGCCCUCAGAUGUGCGUCGCGCCUCAGCGCGUCCCGCCCUCUACACGUCCUGUCCCAGCUUUCGCGCACACGAAUACCACCGCCCUCAUGCCCGCGAAGACAUUAUGCUACGCCGCCACCGCAGGUGAAGCACAGCGACCUUCCCGUCAACCUGUAUCACCAAUAUUCCGAUGCGACCAUGGAGAAGAUGCUAGAAUCGUUGGAAAACCUACUAGACGAAGCAGGAGAUCCAGAAUACGAGGUUGACUAUGGGAGCGGUGUUCUAACCCUGAAGUUGGGCAGCCAUGGAACAUACGUUAUCAACAAGCAGCCGCCAAAUAAACAGAUAUGGCUGUCAUCCCCCUUCAGCGGUCCUAAACGGUAUGAUUAUGUACCCGAACGGGACGAUUGGGUGUAUGCGCGAGAUGGCCGGUCCUUAAGCGAACUUCUCAACCAGGAACUGAGCGAUGUCUUUGAGCGAGAAGUGGAUCUAGGUUUGGCAGAAGUCUCGACACAAGUCAGCUGAAGGCGGCGGAACUAUGCCGCAAACACCUAUGCUGGGAUGAUAUAGCCGACCCUAGGGUAUGCUAUGGUAUGCUUCCCUGGCAUUCGUGCAAACCAUCUAGCAGUGCCCUGGGAAGCAUUGUGAUAUGCUAUAUCUAGAGGGUUCUCGAAGUGGAUGGAUAUGCGUAGUAACAUGUAAUCAGAGCCAGCAUGAUAGUAGUGGAGAUUGCGUAUUAUACAAGGAUGGAGGACGAUGCGCUGCGAUGCGGAACGAACAGUAACGAUGCAAGCAAUGAUAUGCCACGAAGGACGUGAGGCAAGGAAACACAGGUUCAUUUGAUGCGGAUGUGCGAUGCGAUGCGAUGCGGAGAAAGGGGAAAGUGAUUACGAACACGGGGACGGAAGGUCGGCAGGAACACUACGGGGGAAUUAGUAUCGGUUUUGUGUGUCUUGGCCGUUGUGCUGCUUCCUGCGGCUAAGGAACAGGGCUCCGAGGUACCUGUUUGUGUCCUCGUAUUGCUGGGUCACGCGUUGUACCUCGAUGUGAUCGACCACAGAAGUAUCCUUGGAAGGGGUUGAUAUGGUAAAUGGGGCCGAGGGCCUGUGCACCUCGUGGGGCGGUGCGAGCAGCGUUCCUUGGGCGGAAACAGUGGGAGCCACUUUGUUAGGGGCAGAGGGGAGCGAGUGCCCGAAAUCGGGGUGGGGAUGUAUCGGCGAAGCCAGAGGGAUAUGCGACGGCGGCGAGGUAGAGGAAAAGAGUACGCGAUGCCGCUGCUCUGCGUGCAGGUCGUGCAAGAGGCUAUUGACGUACUUGUACGCGCCUGCGUGCGCGAGCCGUUGGGCGUGCUCCGACGGCGCUGAGCGCGCCGCGACGGUCUGCUCGUCACCCUCGACAUCCUCUUCCUCGUCGCUAUCCCCGCCUCUCCACGGUGCUUUGCCCUUGUCCGUAGCCUGAAAUUGUGGUGGCUCAAACUGUCGCCUCCGCUUCGCUACUCUCUCGGACAUGUCGAACGCGGGCUCCUGUGGGAAGUAGGCGUCGGGGACGAAGGAGGGAGUGGACCUUUGGCGUUUCAGCAUGAUUGAGUGCGCAAGUGUGUGUUAUAUGGAUGGAU